CUCGCUUGAGAAGAGAGAAAGUUUCAGUCUUUUUUGGCGAGAUGGAGGUUCCAAGCUCUGAGGAAAUACUUCAGUUUCUGAGCUCUUGUCUCUCUCAGAUCAAAUGGCGACUCAAGCCCACUUCCAAACGCCGCCUCGAAAUAGAUGUUCUUGCAUUGUGCACGGGAAUGAGACCUGUCGUGAUGAUUGACUAUGGUGGAAAGAUGCCUGAGCUACAAGAUCGCUUGCUUUCGCUCCUUGCACUUAUCCAGGAGGGUUUACCAGUUUUCAAAGAUCUGAGGGUUAUGGUUAUAGAGGAUAUGAUUUACCUGAUAAAUGUAAGAAGACUGCCCAAGUUUGUAAGUUCCAGCUUGGAUUCAGAACCCGAAUUGUUCUUCGUCGACCUGGAACAAGAUCCUCCAAAGAUGGUAGAACAAAGCAAGGAAAGCAAUCUAGUGAUGCAGCUUAGAUCGAUUCAGAAGCUAUUCUCCUCGACAUUUUCUUUAGAUGGGAGCACUAAUAAUAAUAUCCCAGCACUUGAUGAUGCCAACUCUUCUCAGUCUUCUUUAUGCAUUGAUCUUAGUUGUUGUUUACAAGACACUAAGGUUACAAUCCCAACCUUAAACGGAUGGCUCCUGGACUAUCCGGUUGUGUAUUUAUUCGGCACAGAUCACAUAGAAGAUGCAAUCUACAACCUCUCAACCAAGUCUCUCCGCAUCUUCAAAGUUCUAGUACAAAGGAACGACACCACCGGGAAGGACUCUCAGUUAGAAGAGCUAACAAGUUUUUCGGUGCCAUAUGAUCUGAGUAUGGGAGGUAGCAAGGAAGUGUGGGCUGAAACAUUUCUGGAGAGGAUGAGUGCAAGGUGGGGAGAUUGCAAACACAUUUGGAGAUCAUUGGAUUUGCAAGUUUCUGAAUGUUAUCCUCAAGCAAUUGUUCUUUAAGGCUUUCACUACUUAAAACAGUUGUUUACUAAACUUGGUACUGAGUUUAUUCAUUAAAGUGACCCAAAAGACAAA